CCAACUUAACCCGGAAGCACACCGUACACCUGGCGACCGUGUUGUUGUGCGGAGUCAGUAGUGCGCGGUGGGACAAGGACAUCCCUGCCGGCCAAACCCUCCCCUGACCUGGACGACGCUGGGGGAAUUGUACGCUGCCCCAUGGGUCUCCCAUGGCAUAGCUAGGACUGCAGUGCCGUAGACCACUGCGCCACUCGGAAGGCCCUCUAGUUUGACAUUUUACAUUCGUGUGAGUUCUUAAAUCCAAUAUGGAGUGCCAGAGUGCACUCAUAAAUUCAGAGCGUUUCGCUCACGGAGCGCACACUGGACGCUCGGGCCGAGGAGUAGGGUUAAUUUGAGAUUUCUGACCAUAGAACGUCAAGCACCCAAGCUAACGGUGGCUAGCUACUUCCAGACACAAAUGAGACCACUCUGACCAUUCUACUCGCCCUAGCAGAGCUGGUUAGGCAGUUUUCAUGUUAUCCACAGCGUUGGUGACUGUUACUUUGCUGCUGGCAACAAUUUAAUUAUGCUUUUUUUAUGCCGACGUUUACUGACACCGGCUAUAUUCAACAGGUGUGGAGCGCUUGUAAAAUUAACUACAAAUUCAAGGAAACAUAAAGUAUUAUACAGAGCCAUGAGUGCAUGGAACUCCCUUACGUCUUAUAAAGCGCAAGGAACAGCAAACCAGGUUUCAAAAAACAAAUAAAGCAACGCCACAUGACACAAUGCCUCUCACCCAUGUCACUUGUUGUUGUGUGUAUGUACUGACAUGUAUGUGUAACUGAUUGAUGCGCGCGCACACACUACGUGUGAAUGUCUGUAAACUGUCAAGUAUUUUGUGUGUGAUCUCUUUUUCGUUAUGUCGGACCCCAGCCAUUGGCGUCAGCUAAUGGGGAUCCUAAUCAAUCAAAUCAAGGAAAAGAAAGAUGGUAUAGCUAAGACUGUUAUCAGGAUAGCUGAUAAUAUCCCUCUGUCCCCCACUCACCUUCUAUCUCUUGUUUUUUCAUCUCUUUUCCUAUCUCUUCAUCAUUCUCUUUCUUUCCCUCUCUCUGUCCCUCUAUCAUUCCUCUCCAGGUACCGAGGGGCUGGGUUUCACUGUGGUGACUCGCCAGUCCAUGGCCCGGGGCCCAUCCUGAUCAAGAGCAUCCUUGCCCGUGGCGCCGCCAUCAUAGAUGGCCGCCUGCAGCCUGGCGACCGCAUCCUGGAGGUGAACGGUGUAGACCUGACGGAUCGAACUCAGGUGGAGCUGGUGGCCAUGCUGCGCAGCACCAAGCAGGGGGAGUGUGUCUCUGUGGUUGUGGCCAGACAAGAGGAGAUCUUCCUACCCAGAGAGCUAAAAAGGGAGGAGGCAAGCCCCCUGGUGCUGGAGGAUGGGCGGGAGCAGCUGAUGUUCGAGGUGCCCCUGAACGACACGGGCUCGGCCGGCCUGGGCAUCAGCCUCAAGGGCAACAAGUCCCGGGAGAAGGGCGAGGACCUGGGCAUCUUCAUCAAGUCCAUCAUUCACGGAGGGGGCCGCCUUCAAGGACGGCCGCCUGCGGGUCAACGACCAGCUGAUUGUGGUGAACGGCGAGGAGCUGCUGGACCUCUCCAACCACGUCGCUAUGGAGACCCUACGCCACUCCAUGUCCUAGGAGGGCAAUGCCCGCGGCACCAUCCAAUUGGUGCUCCUCCACGCCGCCCCCUCAUCUGGCUCCGCCCACAGCGCCAACGCACAGGUACGCUACGAACAGGGCACAGGGACAACGAUCGCCACGGUUCACUACUUCGCUGGCAAGCCUCUGACCCGAGGGGUCUCCGAUACAGGCACAGAUAUAUGCAGGGCUCAGCGCAAAGCUAUACACUUAGUGAUAUACACAGGUACACAACGCAAGGGAACUUGCGUAGUCCAACACUCGGUAACAUACACAAACACACAACACACACAGAUACUCGAAAGGCACACACGUAGCCACUCACCCGACAACAUACACAUCAGCAACACACAUGCCUAUGCAGAGAGCAUAAGGGUGCUGACAGGGGCAAUGUACGGUGACUUACACAGACACGACAAAACACACAACCACUUAGACAGAAACAGAGACACACAGGGAUCCAACUAUACACACAACCAGGACCUGAUGCGACAUCACCACCGCAGGCUCUCGGGAGGACUUUGAGAGAGCACACACAUGUUUGUGCGGAUAUUUUUAUAUAUAUAUAUAUAUAUAUAUGUGUGUGUGUGUGCAUUUACUGAUACGUGUGUAUAUAUGGGAGGUGUGUGUGUGUGUGUGUGUGCAGCAUUAACUCUUUCCCCUUCCCAAACUGUUCCCUCUUCCCACAAUGACCACCUUCAUACAGGCAAUGACUGUUAACCAGAAACCCACUGUGACUAAAACUCAGGAGAAAAACAAUGUCUGUGCACUACUUAUAAAUAAUGAAUUGCGUAUUAAUGACCAUUAUUAAGAAGUUACCACUAAUUUUGUAGACAAUAGUUGUAACUCACAAAAAUGGGCACUGUUGUUUCACUGUCUUCAAAUCUUUGUCUGCAAUGCUAUUGACAAUCGGGUAAUAUUACCAUUAUCCCUGAAAUGCUUGUUAAACCUGUUCUGUUCCUUGUAUUUGCUAACUUAUUUAUUUUAAUUAUUUUUGUGUUGUUCAUUUGUCACCAGACUAGUCACUCAAUGUUAUGGUUUUAAUCUCACAAUAGUCCUUUGUUCAAUAAAAAGUCUUCCUCUUG